UCCCGACGCUCUGAGGUCACCGACGGGGCCGAACUGCAGGGGGCGGAGGGACGGAGGGAAGAUGGCGGCGGAGGCCGGAUAUUGGCGCCGCCUCCCCCAAUCCCGGAGCCGGCGCAGAUGAGGCGGCUCGGCUGGAGCCAGCGGCGCUUCGGAACCCGAGCCGGGGAGACCCUGGCGGUGGGGCCUGGCCCAGCUCUAUGCCGGCGCCUCGGCUAGAGUGAGCGGCGGCGGCGGCGGCGGCGGCGGCGGCGGCAGCGGCGGUGGUGGCGGCGGCGGCGGCGGCGGCGGCGACGCCUCGCUCCUCCGCUUCUCUCCCGGUCGCUGUGAGUCCCCGCGGGCGGCGGGCGGCGGGGCCAGGAUGGAGGACGUUAACUCCAACGUGAACGCCGACCAGGAGGUGCGGAAGCUGCAGGAACUGGUGAAGAAGCUGGAGAAGCAGAACGAGCAGCUGCGGAGCCGCUCGGGCGCCGUGCAGGGCGCAGGCCCGCUGGGCCCGGGCAGCCCGCUGCGGGCCGGGGUGUCGGCUCCCGGCUCCGGCGCGGCAUCCCCUCGAGGUUACCCUUUGGGCCUCGGCGUCAAGUCCGGGGGCGGCGGGGCCGGGUCGGGCCCCAGGCGGACGAGCAGCGAGGAGCCGCGGGACGUCACCUGCUUGCUGGCGGCGGGCGAGGGCGGCUUGCUGGACGAGGUGGAGCCGCUGAGGCCCGAGGAACUGGAGCGCCUGUCAGGCUGGGAGGAGGAGGAGGAGAGCUGGCUGUAUUCAUCACCAAAGAAAAAACUUACACCAAUGCAGAAAUCAGUUAGUCCAUUAGUUUGGUGCAGGCAAGUUUUGGAUUACCCAAGUCCUGAUGUUGAAUGUGCUAAGAAGUCUCUUAUCCACAAACUUGAUCAAACUAUGUCAGCUUUCAAGAGGCAGAAUUUAUACAAUAAUCCUUUCAACUCUGUGAGUUAUACAAGUCCUUACAGUCCAAAUGCCAGUAGUCCAUAUAGCAGUGGCUUCAAUUCUCCAUCCUCAACCCCAGUACGUCCUCCUAUAGUCAAACAGCUAAUACUUCCUGGAAAUUCAGGUAACUUCAAAAAUUCAUCAGACAGAAAUCCUCCACUCAGUCCUCAGUCGUCUAUAGAUAGUGAGUUAAGUGCUUCAGAAUUUGAUGAAGAUUCAAUUGGAUCCAAUUAUAAGCUAAAUGAUGUAACUGAUGUACAGAUUCUAGCUCGGAUGCAAGAAGAAAGUCUUCGGCAAGAAUAUGCAGCUACCACAUCUCGGCGCAGUUCUGGUUCAUCUUGCAAUUCUACAAGACGGGGUACUUUUAGUGAUCAGGAACUUGAUGCACAAAGUUUAGAUGAUGAAGAUGACAAUAUGCAUCAUGCCGUAUACCCUGCUGUUAACAGGUUUUCACCAUCACCACGCAAUUCACCUCGACCAUCACCUAAGCAGUCACCCAGAAAUUCACCUCGUUCACGAUCUCCUGCGCGGGGAAUAGAAUAUAGUAGAGUAUCCCCACAGCCUAUGAUUAGCCGCUUACAGCAACCUCGACUUUCACUUCAAGGCCAUCCCACAGAUUUACAGACAAGCAAUGUUAAAAAUGAAGAAAAACUGAGACGCAGUCUUCCAAACCUGUCCCGAACAUCUAACACACAAAUUGACUCCGUGAAAAGCAGUAGAAGUGACUCAAAUUUUCAAGUGCCAAACGGAGGAAUACCUCGCAUGCAACCUCAGGCUUCAGCCACUUCGCAAAGGCUGAAAAAUUUGCCUCGCACUUCCCUCAAAGCCAAACAGUUGCUUCAAACUUCAUCUACAAAAAGAGUACCUUCUCCAGGCAAAUUCCGCUCUCCUGCAGCACCAUCUCCUUUGGCUCUUCGACAACCAGUGAAAGCAUUUAGUAACCAUGGCUCUGGUUCUCCUGGUAGCCAAGAAACAACACAGUUCACACAAACCACCUCCUCACCCGGGCCUCCCGUGGUUCAGAACACAGUCCCAGCAAACCCCAGCAAUAUCAACAGUACUACUCUAACUAGACCUGCAGGGACAACCGCAAUGAGAAGCGGCUUGCCCAGACCCAGCGCCCCUUCUGCUGGGGGCAUACCAGUGCCUCGCAGCAAGCUUGCACAGCCUGUUCGCAGAUCCUUGCCAGCUCCUAAAACCUAUGGUAGCAUGAAAGACGACAGUUGGAAAGAUGGCUGCUACUGACCAGCAAAGACAAGAUUGCAGAAGUCCACAGCUUCAUAAUACCCCUUCACCAGUCUGAAAAACAACUUUUAUAUAUGCAGACUGUUCUGAUACAGCUCUUGGGAUUCAUAAAAUCUCAGCCCUCUCUGUCUUAAACUAGCACAACUGACAGAGAUGAUCAAGCAGCACUUUAAUGACAUUUAACAUCAAAUGUGUUUGGUGAUCAUACAAUCACUUCCAUGAAAUCACUUUUUAGUUUUGCUUAAUAGAAAUUCGGUUGAUUUUUUUUUUUUUUUUUUUAAUAUUUGAUGGAAACCAAUAUCUGGGUAAAUACCAAGUGGAUGCCAAAGAAAAUGCCCAUUUGUAAAUGAAAGCCUAACAUUGUACACAGAAAAUGGUGAGUUCAGGCUAUCCAAAAAUCUUAUUCAACCUAAUUUACUGUAUGAAUAGUAUCAAUAAAUAUUUGUGUCAAUGAGAACUAAUAUCCUGACUAAUUAUCUAAAGUGUCUGACCAGUCCUUCAGGAAGCGAUAGAUGAAGAUUGGAUUGGAAGACAGAAAAAGGAAACAGGCUAGAGAUUUCAAGCAUAUGAUACCUACAUUUAAGAAUUUCUAUCUUUUUUUUUUUUUUUUUUUGCAAAUUAAUUAGAAAACAUCAUUUUGUUUAGUCUUAAGGUUUAGACAUAGCUCACCUUUCACCUCCACCAGAUGAUGUUGCCAUGUACAUCAUGAUGUUGUUGCAUUGACACAAAACAACUGCAUUUGUUUUGAUUGCCAAAAGGGCUUGAUACCAGUUGUACAAUCUUUCUAAAUUUUAUAGUUCCCGGCUCAGGAAAGACGGCCUUUACUAUUGAAACCUACUUCUUCAGGUUACCUGUAACAGAAGUAAAAGAUCUCGUUUCUCUUAGCAGGUUUCCAUGAUUGGGAAGAACAAGUAGAGCAUGUCUUUAUUCUUGAUACAACACCUCAGUGCUUACAACCUGGAACAAAACCAUACAGUGAGAGAGAGGGUGGAAAUCUAUGCACUUAAUCUACAAAAUCUCUGGUGAUGACAGUUGUAUUGUUGCUAUUAAAUGGCAUAACAGUCUAUUUUGUGGUAGGUAAAUCUAGCCUAUUAAUCCUAUUUAAGUCUAUCCACUUUAAACUGAGUAAAGAAAAUACCUUUUUCUAAAUAUUGCCCCUUUUGACUAAGAUUCUGCCUUACGUCAGUUUUUCCAUUUUUGGUAACCUACUACAUCUGACUCAUAACUUGUUUAAUACUUGCUCUCUCAUGGUAGAUAUAUCCUUGAAAUUAUCCAUUUUGGUUUUAUCAGAACUAAAACUUCUUUCAUAGUAGGUUUGUCACUUUUGAUGGUGUAGUCUUUUAACAACCAUCAAAUAGUGGCAUUUGAGUCACCUAAAAGAUUUUAGGUAUUUAAACAUAAGUUUAUUUCCUGUUAAUCAAAGACAUUCUGUAAGUUGGCAGAAGAAAUUGAGAGAGAAAUGGAAGGCUUUAUAUUCAGUACCAUAUUGAGGCUGAUAGAUUGAGAGAAUGAUAAUACUUAAAACCAAGCCCAUUCUGCCGUGACUGACACUAGGGUAAUUGGUACCAUUGUGACCAGGAGGAAGGUAUUCAGUUAGCACAAGCAGCUGCUGGCUGGAGCUACCAGUCCUGUGUAGUUUGGUGCAGAAUGCAGGGAAGACAUUUUAUGAAUUUGAAAGUGAUGGCAUGGGUCUGGAAAGGAUGGUGCCAGAAUUCUACAUGAUGAUAAACUAAAAACAUGUUGCUUUUCAGAAGAAGAUAAGAAAGUAUCUGCUUUGGUGGAGGAGUAUCUCAUUUAAAUCUAAGUAAAAAGAACUAGCCAUGGUGUAUUUUAAAAAUGGUAUACACACAAAACAGGUCUCGGUUUUCAGUGCAACUUAAAAAAAAUAUAUAUGCUGCAAUCUAUUAAUUAAAAUGAGUUUUAACUGUUAUAAAACAUCGGUUACAUUUUUUAAGUUAGAUAAUCAGUUUCAAGAGGAGUAUUCAGGUUAUUUAACUUUGUUUUUAAAUGGCUGCAUCAGAAAAAAUCUAUUUUUUUUAAUUAAAAUAUUUCAUCACUUGUUAAAAGUGUAUUUUCGAUCUGAGUUUAGUAAAGUAUUAUUUUACUUGCUGUUGUACUACCACAGACGGUUGGCUUGUAGUUUCCUAAAGAGAAAAAUUGCCUUUUUACUAGAAAGCCUUUGUGUAUCGCCAGUUUUUCUGUUUGGGAAAAUCUAAGGAUUUACUGUGGUUAGUCUUACAGAAGAAAUGUGGAUUUGAUAAACUAGUGCCUAUGAUUUUAACUUAUGUUUGAUACAUAGUAGUAAGGAUUUUAUGAAUGUUGAUUAUUUUGUGCCAACAACCCAGAAUUGUCACUUCUAUGUAAGCAGAAAGCUAUGAACUCUGCUUCCAAAGUUAUUUAAUUUUCUUGGUGUUUGAAUGUUAUUUUUUGUAAGUGUGUUAAUAAAAGUGUAAAGAAUUGGAAAAUAUAAAUAUUCUUAACUCAAGCAUUUGCUGGAUCAUUUUUCUAUAAAGCUUGUUUGUAUAAUACAAAACACUCUCGGAAGAGUUGGCUUUUUUCAGUUUUCAUACCCUGGAAAUCACAUUUUGUAAAACUGGGACCAUUCAUAAUUACCAGAUACUUUUUUAAAUUAUCUCAAUGCAUCACUUUUAUAUUACAGUUUUUUUGAAAGAAAAUCAGAUACAUAUGUGGCCCCAGGUGUUUGUAUAACUCUAGAAUGAUCUAGACUAUGUAUGUUUAAAUUGACUUUUUAUUGACUGUACAGGUGUCCAUUUUUGACAUUAUGCAUGGUCCUUUUAGAUCACAUGAAGUUUGAUUUGCAAACAUUUCUAUAGCCUAAACUUGUAUAUGUGGUUGCCUCCUUAAUAAACAGCCUGACCAUAAUGUUUAUUAUUAAAUUUA